CCCCUAUCCAAAAUUCCAGCCCAGGGAAUCUCACAAGGAAAACAGGUACGAGUAGUUAGAAAAACGACGGAUUUCCAAGAAAAAUCACUUCCAUCUCCCCCCUCCCGGCCCGAUAACCACGUGCCCCGAUCAUUCCCUCCGUCUUCUUCCAGGUAUCACACGGGCUUCACUACUACUCCCCCCCGCGCACGAUACCUCCAACCGCCGUCCACGUGAAACACCACCACUAACAAUAUCAGAUGUUAACAGCUUAGAGAGAGAGAGAGAGAGAGAGAGAGAGAGAGAGAUUGAAAUUGAUAUCCGUUUCAGUUUCCAAUUCUUAAAACAUGAUGGGUUCAGAGAUCCACGCAUCAAGAGAAGAGAUGGAAAGCCUCGUCCUCGACGAUUCCUUCACCUCUAAAUCCUACUCUAAUUACAAAAGCGCCAUGACCUCUCUCUCCGAUUCCCGCCUCCACCACCACCACCACCCCCUCGCGCCUCCCAUCUCCUCCACCCCGGCCGACACCGAUCCCUUACUCUCCCCUCCUUCCCCUCCUCCGUCACCGCCGCCAAAUCACACUGAAAUCAGGAGCCCUAAAUCAGUUGACCCCCCGCCGCCGUACAACGACGUCGUUUCGAACCCCCUCGACGGCGACGACGACACCGCAUUCGAGGUCAACGGAAUCGAAAGCCCUAGCGAAGAGCCGGAGAAAUCGACGGUCUUAUCGAGAUCCGCGUCGUCAAGCUCCGAGUACUUGAAGAUUGUAGUGUCGAACCCUCAGAAGGAGGUGGAAUCCUCGUCGAACGCGCUCGUGCCCGGAGGUAACACCUACGUCACGUACCUGAUAACGACGCGGACGAACCUGGCGGACUACGGCGGACCGAAUUUUAUCGUCCGGAGGCGGUUCAAGGACGUCGUCACGUUAUCGGACCGGCUGAGCGAGUCCUACAGGGGCUUCUUCAUCCCGCCGCGGCCGGACAAGAGUGUUGUGGAGAGCCAGGUGAUGCAGAAGCAGGAGUUCGUGGAGCUGAGGCGAGCGGCGUUGGAGAGGUACUUGAGGAGGCUCGCGGCACAUCCAGUUAUCAGGAAGAGCGAUGAGCUGAGGGUGUUUUUACAGGUUCAGGGGAGGCUGCCGCUGCCUACGAGCACCGACAUGGCUUCGAGGAUGCUUGACGGGGCGGUGAAGCUGCCGAAGCAGUUGAUUGGGGAUUACUCGGGGAGGAGUGUGAUCGGGCCGCAAGAUGUUGUGCAGCCUGCGAAAGGGGGAAGGGAUUUGUUGAGGAUAUUCAAGGAGUUGAAGCAGUCUGUGAGUAAUGAUUGGGGAGGCUCGAAACCGCCUGUGGAAGAGGAAGACAGGGAGUUUCUGGAACAGAAAGAGCGGUUGCGUGAUCUCGAGCAGCAAAUUGUCAAUGCCUCUCAGCAGGCGGAAUCACUUGUGAAAGCUCAGCAAGAUAUGGGAGACACAUUGGGAGGGUUAGGACUAGCUUUUAUUAAGUUGACGAAGUUUGAGAAUGAGAAUGCUGUGUUCAACGCGCAACGGGUGCGGGCCGCUGAUAUGAAAAAUGUGGCUACUGCAGCUGUCAAAGCAAGCAGACUAUAUAGGGGGUUAAAUGCUCAAACUGUCAGUCAUUUGGACACACUGCAUGAUUAUCUGGGGCUGAUGUUAGCAGUUGACACUGCAUUUGCAGACCGUUCUAGUGCUUUGUUGACAAUUCAAACUCUAAUAUCAGAUUUGUCUUCUUUGCACUCGAAAGUCAAAAGACUUCAAACUUCAUCGUCGAAAAGAUUCGGGGAUAACUCUAGGAUUCACAAGAUGGAAGAGUUGAAAGAAUCUAUACGUGUCACUGAGGAUGCUAAAAACUGUGCCACCAGACAAUAUGAAAGGAUCAAGGAAAAUAACAGGUCUGAAAUCGAAAGGCUAGAUAGAGAAAGAAAGUAUGAAUUUGUGAAUAUGUUGAAGGGAUUUGUGAGUAAUCAGGUGUCAUAUAUGGAGAGAAUUGGAAAUGAGUGGGCAAAGGUUGUGGAGGACACUAGUCGAUACGCGAAAGAUAGUGCCUGAAAAGUGCGGCUGUAUAUCACAUGUUUAGCUUUUCCUUCCUCUUCUCUUUACAUUUUAUGUGUGAAGUGUGAACUAUUAGGAAAUAGCAACACAUUCAUCAUAAAAAAUAAAGAUAGAGCAUCUGCUAGCCUUUCAAAUAGCAUCUCUCUCAGUUGUACUUGUUAGAGCUAGAAUAAUAUUGAGGUUGUAAAUUGCUUCCUAAUUUUUUUCCUAGCGGUUUCCAAAAUUGGAUUCCUGAAUUUUGACAUUGUAGUGGGGAAAUACUGGGAGAACACUGGAACUAUACUGGGCAUGAAUACAUUAGCUGCUUUUGUA